AUGAGCUUGCAUGAUAUGCCGUUCCUGAUCCUCAAUCUCGGGGUUGAGAUGGUGUUUGUGCUGAACUCGCGCCUGCACGCGCAGGCGGUGCCGUCGGAGCAGGCGGCCAGCGUGUUGGGCGACGUUGGCACAAACAUAUUUGACCCCGUCUUUGUGGACGAGCUCUUCACCCCACACCCGAUGUACUCGUCUGCAUCAGUGCUGCAGGUCUUCACGGCACUCUCGAACAGCAGCGUCAUGCGUCUUAGUGAGAACUCGAUGCGAAAGUUGUACGACCUCGUCUACAUGACGGUCAAGUACCAAGUUUUUACUCUGCGCCACCCAUUGGAGCUGCUGGAGCUGACACUGAAUCACCUCGACGCCGCGCAAGCGAUUUUGCCGGCGGGGGUGCGACAGCUCGCUAGCGCGGCGGAGGAGCGCGUACUACGGCUUGCCAGCACGCUGAACGUCGGCGACUGGGCGAGUAUGAGACGGUCGCUGCUCAACUUCUUUACCGGUCGCCACGCACGGGUGUCCGUCCUCCUCGACAGCAAGGUGCAGGACGUAGAGAGUGGCGCCUUUUACAUUCCUCGAGAUACUUUUCUGUCUCCCUUGCCCGCCUGCAAACCUCCAGGGCUCGUCUAUGUGGCGGGUUUCCCCCAGCCUGGCACGUUUGCCCACCCUGAUGCACACCUUCCCUACCCUCCCCACGUGCCCCUUGGGUCGUGGAGUCCAAAGAGGGGUGCAGCGCGAAUGACGAACAACGGCUUUGACAUCUAUGCCGCCGCCGCUGCGUCGUUUACGCCGGCUACUGCUGCUGGCGUUGCCUCUACCGCUAUGAAUGACCCGCUGACGAGACAGACGCGCGAGAUGCCAAUCCCGAAGAGGUCCGCUUCUGAUGGCACCAGCGCGGUCACCGCCUUCCCCAGCCCUGCCACUCCACCGUCUUCUUCCCUUAUCACCGAGGAGCGACAAAGCGCCUACGACGCCGAGGUGAACUACCUCGCUCAGCUGAUUGGGUCGACAAGCAGAGCUCACAGCGCACAGGAGGUGGAGCUCGAGUUAUUUCACGAUGGCGCUGGCAGUGCGGGUGAGACGGCCGCUGCCACCUCAGUGCCGUUUGUGGCCCCCAAGUCAACGUCGAACGUGACCAGCAGCGGUGGCGGCGCCGCCGUAGCGCCGGCGGUCCCGGUUACUCGCAUGACAGUCUCUUUGGUUAAGGACCAGAACAAGAAGUUGUUGGGCAUCAUGAGCGACUUCAACUUUCCCAAGAGGGAAGACAGUGGUGUCGCUGGUGGUACUGCACCAGCCACCGGUGGCAACACCAUGAACGAUUUGCUCGACAUCAUGGACGAAGUGUGA